AUGGCCGAACGGCACGCUGCUGCGCCCCACGCCGCGGUGCGCGGCGGCGAUGCUGGCGGCCUCGCUGCUGGCGAUGCCAGCCGCGCCACUGGCACGUCGGUCGCCACUGUCACCACGUCUCUCGCCGCGGUGGAGCUCUGCGAUGAGGACGUGGCAAUGCGCUGCUCUGCUCAAAGCGAUGCUGGCUCUGCUGCCGACCCUGAGUGGGAGGCAGUGCUGGCGCAGCUGCUAGCAGAGGAAGCAGAGGAAGAGGAGCUCUGCUGCCGCUUCGAGCGCCGUGGCGACGACUCCGACGACGGGUGGGACAACUACAGUGAGGAGGGGGAGGAGGAUGCUGUGCAGAGUGUGGCUGGGAAAGCGGCUCCCACCUCGAUGGGUUAUCACUCCUGCGACUGCAUCGAAGAGGGCUUCAACAUUCAACAAACAGGAAUCGAGGGUGACCGCAUGUCUGCAUCAGACGUGUCAUCCGUCCCGAUCGCGCUAGACGUUUUUGGAGCCUGGCAGCGGUCUAUCGGCACUCGUGAGUUGACCCUGGCUCGCGCUGCGCUGCGGUAUAAGGUGGGCCUGGCCUACCAUGGCAAUGCCGCUGAGACCGGUGAGUACUUGUACGACCCGAGCUACGCGCCGACGCUGGACAUCGGACUCAAGUGGUCCACACGCUGA